AACCUCCCUUAUUCUUGCUGCUCCAAGGAAAAGUCUCUCUCCCCAAAGUUCGUACUUCAUUUAUAUUGCUCUUCGAGUUCAAACGUCGACUUGGGUAGCGAUGAUUCUGAUGUUGGCGACUAUUCUUCUUCGCUAGAGGAGAAGGAGGCGGGGGAAGGGGAGGAGGAGGAGGAGGAGGAGAAAUCGGAACCUAGGGAUGGUUUGUGCAUUGAGAUAGAGAAGCUCGGCAAGAAUACUCGCAGAAUUCGAUCCAGAAUUGCCAUUGACGCACCCCUUCACACCAUUUGGAAUAUUCUCACUGAUUACGAGAGAUUGUCUGAUUUCAUUCCCGGUCUCGCCCUCAGCCAGUUGCUCCAAAAGACUCACAAUUACGCUCGACUUUUUCAGAUUGGACAGCAAAACCUGGCAUUUGGGCUGAAGUUUAAUGCGAAAGGAAUUGUAGAUUGUUAUGAGAAAGAACUUGAGAGCCUUCCUUCUGGUCAAAAGCGUGAUAUUGAGUUUAAAAUGGUCGAAGGAGACUUCCAACUCUUUGAAGGAAAAUGGUCUAUUGAACAGUCCAAUAGUGGAAGAGAUGAAGAUAGUGAUUCCUUGGUACUCCAACAAUUCUAUACAACUCUUUCAUACUUAGUUGAUGUAAAGCCAAAGCUAUGGUUGCCUGUUCGGCUCGUUGAAGGUAGACUCUGCAAGGAGAUUAAACUGAACCUUAUGAGCAUCCGUGAAGAAGCACAGAAGGCAGUUCGCAACACUCUGCAUGUUCGUUAACAUUAGCAAUUUGUUUGGAUUUGUUUCCUGUAAGUAUGUCCUCUUCAAGUACGUUAUAUGUUAAUUGCUAGCAUGGUUAGAAUAUUACUCAAAAAAAAAAAAAAAAACCAGAGUUAGAAUAUUACAAUGUACAAUAAGUUUACGAGAUGUUUUAUUUUUUUAAGCAUUUUGAUACACAUUUUAUAAGUGUAUCUUGAAUGCAAGUGUUUUGCUC